UUUCCUUUCUUCUUUUGUGAUGUUUCUCCACAAAUUGGUAUCUGUUUUGCUAAGGCCGACUUCUUUGUUCUCUGUUUCACCAAGGCCGACAUGCUUCGCAAUGGCCGCAACGCUCCUCCAAUCACCGACGUUUCCUUAUUCACCAUUCCCCAUCAAGAAUAUUCAAUGUUGGAGGAAGAAACCUAACUCUAUCAAUGGACCUUAUAAUAGACACAACAAUUCAAACUAUGUAAGUGGUGGUCAAAAUUUCUAUUCUUCUGUUACGGAGCCAGAUUACAUCAAACCAUAUGAUAUUUGCUUUCGUGGAAGAAGGAAUCGUGGUUCGGUGGGAGCUACUUUACAUGGAGAAAACAAGGAAAGUAGAAUUCUUAAGAAGAAACCGACAAAUGGGUCGGUGUUGAGACCUGGUAUGGUACUCUUGAAAAAAUUCUUAAGUCAUGAUGAACAGGUCGAAAUAGUGAAAGUUUGUCGUGAACUUGGCGUUGGUCUUGGAGGAUUCUAUCUACCACUAAAUCCAAAUGGAACUCCAAUGCAAUUGAGGAUGAUGUGUCUUGGUAGGAAUUGGAAUCCUGUGACCCAUAAAUAUGGAAAGAUGCGACCAUUUGAUCGUACCAUUCCUCCUAGUAUUCCCAAUAACUUCAGUGAACUAGUUACUAGAGCAAUCCAAGAAGCUCAGUCUUUGACUAAAAAGAAAUACAGAGCAUGUAAUGAGAAGGAAGUUCUUCCCUCUAUGACUCCUGAUAUUUGCAUAGUCAAUUUUUAUACAAAUAGUGGAAAGCUUGGUCUUCAUCAAGAUCGUGAUGAAAGCAAAGAAAGUCUUAGAAAAGGGUUGCCUGUUGUGUCCUUCUCUGUUGGUGAUUCUGCAUAUUUUCUUUAUGGGGAUGAGAGAAAUGCAAAGAAGGCAAAUAGUGUAGCUCUAAAUUCUGGAGAUGUGCUGAUAUUUGGUGGUAAAUCACGACAUGUUUUUCAUGGUGUGCCAGCAAUUUUCCCAAAUUCAGCUCCAAAGGAAUUGAUGAAAGAUUCUUGUCUUUCUCCUGGUCGACUCAAUCUUACAUUCAGACAAUUUUAAUGCACUUUGAUAUAUGUAAU